AUGGAUUCCUCUUCCGACGAAGAUGACGACCACCACACCCUGAUCCACCAGUACUCCACAAAACCCCGAACUCCUCCCUCCGCCACCGCCACCGCCACCGCUGCCGCGGCAUUCCACGUCGAGGAUCUCAACUCACGGUUCCAGCGACUCAAUUGCAAGCUCCAGAAGAGGUACAUUAUCGCCGUUAUCUUUCUCCUCAUCUUAUUUCUCCUCUUCUCAAUUCCCAAUCUCCGGCAACAAUUCUCCGCCGCCACAUUCAUCUCCGAUUCCGUUUCCGAUCGAAUGAAGGAAGCGGAAUUACGCGCCAUUUACCUCUUGCGCCAACAACAACUAACUCUCUCAACCGCUUUCAAUCGCACAUUCCAAACCAACUCUUCCGAUCCGAACCGAAACCCGAACCUAUUGGAAGAUCUGAAAUCUGCACUAUUCAAACAAAUUUCAAUCAACAACGAGAUUCAACAGAUUCUAUUGAAUACGCAUAAGACAGGAAAAAACGUGGUUGAUCCUGAAUUCAAUUUCGGAAGUUUUGAUGUUGGGAAUUACGAUAGAUGUAGAACAGUUGAUCAGAAUUUAUCUCAGAGAAAAACCAUUGAAUGGAACCCUAAAGAAGGGAGAUUUUUGGUUGCUAUUUGUGUUUCUGGUCAAAUGUCAAACCAUUUGAUUUGUUUAGAAAAGCACAUGUUUUUCGCUGCUCUUCUUAAUAGGGUUUUGGUGAUUCCGAGUUCGAAAGCUGAUUUUCAAUAUGAUAGAGUUGUUGACAUUGAUCACAUAAACAAAUGCUUAGGGAAAAAAGUUGUUAUUUCCUUUGAUGAAUUUGCUAACGUUAAGAAGGGUCACUUGCACAUUGAUAAGUUUCUUUGUUAUUUUGCUUUGCCUCAACCUUGUUAUUUGGAUGAUGAAAAGUUGAAGAAGUUGAGUGGUUUGGGUUUGUCUAUGAGUAAACCUAAGGCUGUUUGGGAGGAUGAGGAUACUCGGAAGCCAAAGAAGAAGACUGUUCAAGAUAUUAUGGCUAAGUUUUCUUAUGAAGAUGAUGUUAUGGCGAUUGGGGAUGUGUUUUAUGCUGAUGUGGAGCAUGAAUGGGUUAUGCAACCGGGUGGACCGAUUGCUCACAAAUGCAAGACGCUGAUUGAACCUAGUCGGCUUAUUAUUCUUACUGCUCAGCGUUUUAUUCAGACAUUCUUGGGAAGGAACUUUGUUGCGUUGCAUUUUCGGAGGCACGGUUUUUUGAAAUUCUGUAAUGCUAAAAAACCAGGUUGCUUUUACCCCAUUCCUCAAGCAGCAAAUUGCCUCGCAAGGGUGGUUGAGAGGGCCGAUGCACCCAUCAUAUAUCUUUCUACUGAUGCAGCUGCAAGUGAAACUGACCUACUUCAGUCACUGGUUGUGCUGAAUGGCAAGCCUGUUCCACUUGUAAUUCGGCCAGCUCGGAAUAUAGCAGAAAAAUGGGAUGCUUUGUUAUACAGACAUCACAUUGAAGGAGAUCCACAAGUGGAAGCUAUGUUGGACAAGACUAUUUGUGCCAUGUCUAGCGUGUUCAUCGGAGCACCUGGUUCUACUUUCACUGAAGACAUCUUGCGGCUGAGAAAGGACUGGGGAUCAGCAUCACAGUGUGAUGAGUACCUUUGCCAAGGUGAAGAGCCAAACUUUGUUGCGGAAAAUGAAUGA